CUUUUCCUUUCUCUAGAUCUGAGCAGCCUAAAGAAGGAGGCCCAGAAAAAUGGCGACGAAGGAGAUGGAGGUGGUGAGGAAUUUGGACAUCAAGAGGUACAUGGGACGGUGGUACGAGGUUGCUUCGUUUCCGUCGAGGUUUCAGCCCAAGAGUGGAGUGAACACCAGGGCUACUUAUACUCUGAACGAAGAUGGGACUGUGCAUGUGCUGAAUGAGACAUGGACUGACGGGAAGAGAGGGUACAUAGAGGGGACAGCAUACAAGGCGGACCCAAACAGUGACGAGGCCAAGCUAAAGGUGAAAUUCUAUGUGCCUCCAUUCUUGCCCAUCAUUCCUGUGGUGGGAGAUUACUGGGUGUUGUAUAUUGAUGGUGAAUAUCAGUAUGCUUUGAUCGGUUCGCCUACCAAGAAGUAUCUUUGGAUAUUAUGCAGACAAACACAUAUGGAUGAGGAGAUCUACAAUCAACUGUUGCAGAUGGCAAAAGAUGAAGGCUACGAUGUGAGCAAACUGCACAUGACACCACAGAGUGAUCCUCCUCCAGUGGCAGAGGAAACCCCUAAUGACACCAAGGGCAUUUGGUGGUUCAAAUCCAUCCUGGGAAUGUAGGGUUUCAACUGUCAAGGAAAUGAAUGGUGUAAUAUAUAAUAAAGAGACAAAAUUCCAGUGUGAAAAAUCUAAGAUUCAGCCAGCAUAACGUAAAUAACGUAAAUUAUGGUUGCAUUCCUGUGUAAUGCAUGUGUCUGUCAAUUCUUUUCCUGUACUUCAAUCGAAUGGUUUGCAUUGUAGACUUGUGUGUUACGUAGAUGAUUUGAUCUCCAUCUUGUUUCUUCUUUCUUGGUACUUUCAAAUAACUAGGCUACACGGAA